UCUUCUGUUCAGCUCAAAUUAACCAAUUAAGCCACAGCCAAUCACAUUGGGAGGGGAUUAUUGUCUGUGGUGCUGCUCAGUUUUUCUACCCAGCUUGCAGAGUGUCAGGGAUUUGAAAUUCACAACUUUUGAGUUGUAACUAUUUUGUCCCAACAAGAAAGAUGUGCUCCUUAUGUCAAGUGCCACGCAGCUAAUGCAGUCUACACCUGCACAUCAGGGAGAGACAUCAGAGAGACACGAGGAGAGAAGAAGCCACCAGAUAGCGAGGAUGCAGUGGAGUCUGAUUCUGUUCAUUCUGAUGGGCCAGUGUUCCUUCUUUGUGAGUGAGCUCUAUGAGUACCACUUCAUUAAUGAGAGUAAGACCUGGAGUGAAGCUCAGUCGUAUUGCAGACAGCACUACACUGACCUGGCCACGGUGUCUAACAUGGCAGACACGAAGAGACUCCAUGGCUCUGCACAGAAUCAAGAUGGAGCCUGGAUUGGGCUGUACUGCAUCUACACAAAAAGCAUCAACACGUGGCGGUGGUCUCUGCCAGGGGAGGAGUACAAGGAGAGUACCAGUAAAUGGAGCAAUGGAGAGCCGAAUGAUAAUGGCAACGAUCCUGAGAACUGUGUGCUGAUGAGGAAUCAUGGAUGGUUUGACGUCCCUUGUACUCAUAAAUGUAAAUUUAUGUGCUACGAUGGAACUAGGAAAUACGGCAAAUUAUUUCAUUUCAUUGAUAAUGAGAUGACGUGGCCACAGGCUCAGAACUACUGCAGAGAACAUCACACUGACCUGGUCAGUGGAGUCCAACAGCUACAACACAAAGAUUUCCAGACAGAAGCAGGUUCUAAAGGCGACUUGUGGAUCGUCCUGUUCAGAGAAGUCUGGAAGUGGUCGGAUGGGAGCAAUUUCUCUUUCAGCUACUGGGAUCCGCAGUUAUUUAAAGAUAAAGAAUGCAGCAAAAUGUGUGCUUUGAGUAUGUUAAAUGGAAAAUGGAGUUUGGAUGAAUGUAAUAAAACAAAACCCUUCUUCUGCUAUGACGAUAAAGUUAUCCUGAUCAAAGAGAAAAAGACCUGGGAGGGUGCCUUGGAUUACUGCGGAAACAAACACAGUGACCUGGUCUCCAUCACCAACCUCCACGAGCAGAGAUGGGUCCAAGAGAGAGCCAAGAAGGCCGGCAGUCCCUAAGUCUGGCUGGGACUGCGCUACACCUGCUCUCUGGAUUUCUGGUUCUGGGUCAGUGACGAGGUGGUCUACUAUGAGAACUGGUACUUAAAAGAAAA